UACGCAGAGGCGCACUCUGAUAGGCUGAGGGAUGGUCCCCGCCACCGUUGCCGGGAGCUGACGUGUCUUUCGGGCGUCGAGUGGACUUUCCUCUGAGUGGAAGUGAGAAAGUGAGUGGCCAGAGUGGCCCGUAAUCUAGUCGGACCGCGAGGAAAACAGAAGGACCGCCGCCAACAUGGGCAUAAAAUUCCUUGAAGUUAUCAAACCAUUCUGUGCGGUGUUACCAGAAAUCCAAAAGCCAGAAAGAAAGAUUCAGUUUAGAGAAAAAGUACUAUGGACAGCGAUUACACUCUUCAUCUUCUUAGUCUGCUGCCAGAUUCCUUUAUUUGGUAUCAUGUCCUCAGACUCCGCAGAUCCUUUCUACUGGAUGAGAGUUAUUUUGGCUUCAAACAGAGGUACACUGAUGGAACUUGGUAUUUCGCCGAUUGUCACAUCUGGUCUCAUCAUGCAGCUUCUGGCAGGUGCAAAGAUUAUUGAAGUUGGUGACACUCCCAAAGACAGAGCUCUUUUCAAUGGAGCACAGAAACUUUUUGGUAUGAUCAUCACUAUUGGACAAGCCAUUGUGUAUGUCAUGACCGGGAUGUAUGGAGAUCCAUCAGAAAUGGGAGCAGGCAUCUGUCUACUGAUCAUUAUCCAGUUGUUUGUUGCUGGGCUGAUUGUGUUGCUGCUGGAUGAACUGCUGCAGAAAGGAUAUGGUCUUGGAUCUGGUAUCUCUCUCUUCAUCGCUACAAACAUCUGUGAGACCAUCGUGUGGAAAGCUUUCAGCCCAACCACAGUGAACACUGGAAGAGGGACAGAGUUUGAGGGAUCAAUCAUUGCCUUGUUUCAUCUGCUGGCCACACGGCAGGACAAAGUCCGUGCUCUUCGUGAAGCCUUUUACCGUCAGAACCUGCCAAAUCUGAUGAACCUCAUUGCCACCAUCUUUGUUUUUGCAGUAGUGAUAUACUUCCAGGGCUUCAGGGUGGAUCUGCCAAUCAAGUCUGCCCGUUACCGUGGACAAUACAACACCUAUCCCAUCAAGCUUUUCUACACAUCAAAUAUUCCUAUCAUCCUCCAGUCUGCUCUAGUUUCCAACCUCUACGUCAUCUCUCAGAUGUUGUCUACAAGAUUCAGUGGCAACUUUCUAGUCAAUCUGUUGGGGACAUGGUCUGAUAACACAGGUGGUGGUCCAGCCCGUGCGUAUCCGGUUGGAGGUCUGUGCUAUUACCUCUCCCCUCCAGAAUCAUUCGGUUCGGUGUUGGAUGACCCUGUUCAUGCGGUGAUUUAUAUUGUCUUCAUGUUGGGCUCUUGUGCGUUCUUCUCCAAGACCUGGAUCGAGGUGUCUGGUUCUUCUGCCAAAGAUGUAGCCAAACAGCUGAAAGAACAGCAGAUGGUGAUGCGAGGACACAGAGACACCUCAAUGGUCCAUGAACUUAACAGGUAUAUUCCCACUGCUGCAGCUUUUGGAGGCCUGUGCAUUGGUGCACUGUCUGUACUUGCUGACUUUCUGGGAGCCAUAGGCUCUGGGACUGGUAUCUUAUUGGCAGUGACCAUCAUUUACCAGUACUUUGAGAUCUUCGUGAAAGAGCAGAGUGAAGUGGGAAGCAUGGGAGCCCUGCUCUUCUAAGUGUGCUGACUCUUCUAUCCUUUUUUUGAGUGUUUGACAGAGUGUCCAGGUGAGAGAUUUCUGAAUUAUCACAGCAGGGAAGAACAUUUCUGAACCCUUUCUCACCCAGGGUAACUUGUUUUAUUUUGCAAAUUAACUGCUCUGAGUGGUUUAGGGUUAAUUCUGCUUUUCAUUGCUUUUGAUAUCAAGAGCUAAAAAAAGCAUUUUUUGGAAUUGGUUUUGUUUAAAUUAUGGUUAAGAGCACAAAUUUCCACCAUGGGAAAGGUGUGUAUGCAUGUGGAGUGUGUCUGUGUGUGUGUUUGUGUGUGUGUGUGAACCUGUGUGUAUUCUUUAACUGAUUGAAAAUUGGAACUAAAAGAUCCAGAUUGAAUUGACAUUCUUUUUGAAUUGAAAAUUCUCAUUGCCUCAGUGGAAGGUACAUGUGUUAUCAGGUAUCCAGAUCAGGUGGUCUCUGGUUUGCUCUUUGAUCAGUUGCUGGCCUCGUAACUGGAAUAGUGUAGUGGACAGUCCUGAUAAGAACAUCAGGCAACACUCCUCAACUGUUAUCCACAGCCAUUGACUGGGAAAGUGUGUAGAUGUCACAGAGAUCAGGCUCAGAUCCUGCUCUGAUGCAACUUGAGAUCAAAGUAGCAGUAUUGAAGCUCAGCUCUGAUAUAGAGGGCUUGUAACCAUGGGCUGAUACCCGAACAGAGUUGGCCUCCUGGAAAGAAGGGGAGAAGACUGAACUGAACAUCGCAGCUUUGUCCUGGAUGUGGUAUGUCAGGAGGUCUGUGUAUUAAACUAUCCACCUACAAAUGUUCAGUAUCAUAUUAGGGUGCUGUUAAUUUACGUCUUUCCUAGUUGCUGUCUGUUGCCUCUUUUGUUAAGAUGUGGCCAGUACGGCUACAACAAGAGUUGAUUCCUUUCUAUUUAGAAAAGGCGUGAUCAUCUCCAUUAACACUGAUAUCACUAAAUGUCACUGUGCAGGAUUUGAUAGUGGAUGCACCAGCAAAUUUAUUGGCAUUUCUAAGGUUAGGAGUAGUGGGAGGUGCAAAUCUCCUCUUUGUAUUGCUAGUAUUUGGUAUAACAGCAGUUGGGUGCUGGAUGUAGAAUUGAUUAGCUUUUUAAACGGGAAUGGUUGAACCUUAAGGUGCACGCAUGAGUUCUUUUGAUUUGAAACUUGAGUUUAAAUAAAAUAACAUUUGAUAUGUAGCUUCUUAGGAUUUUUUUCUGCUGCUUUGUUCCCUUUCCCAUUAGUUGAGAAAGUAAUUGGAGUUUCUGUGAAUUUUUAAUUUCAAUCCUCGUUGGGCCCGUGUGUGUGUGUGUGUGUGUGUGUGUGUGUGUGUGGCGCGUUACCUGCUCCUGAUUAUUCUUCACCGCAUCUUGUUGUAUUGCGUUUGGACAUAUCAGGACAACUUACAAUGCUCAGUCUCUCUUUGGUCAAAUAGUCCAAGUUCAUGCAGGAGGAAUGGCCACAUGGGAGAAUGCAAGGUGACGUUACAGUUCUCUCUCCUGGGGAGGGUUGCGAAUGGCUGGUAUUCUGAGCACAUUUGAAAGUGCUGGGGCCCGUUAGUAAAUUUGCUGGUGCCUGUCUCCAAACCUCCUUUUUAAGUCAUUAGUUUUGUACAUAAUUCUCAGCACCUGUAUCAAAACCAAUGUUCCUGUACCCUGUUGUGAUAAUGAUAUUUUGAAAGGCUCUCUUGCUGAACAGUGUAAAACCAUUUCUGGAUUUCUCUUUCAACUCAUAGUUCCAGUUUUG